AUGGUGAUAUCUUUAACUGCUUCAUUCCAUUUUCUAUGUUGGUUAUCAUUACGCCAUCUUCUCACUCUCUUCUUCUUUCAUUCUUUCUCAUUCUCUCUUUCUAUUACUGCCUCCUUUUUAUCUUUUUUCUUUCUUUUUCUUUUUCAUUAUCUCACUAAUAGCUUUCUCUCUCUCUCUCUCUCUCUCUCUCUCAACAUUCCUACUUACUUUCAAUCUCUAUUUCUCUCCCCUCUCUCUCUCUCUGACUAUAUCUCUCUUUUCUUGAUUUUCAUCCACUUUUUUCUGCUCUUUUUCACUCACAACUCAGAUUUCAAACAUCCAAAUUUUUUCAGAAUCUGUUCCUGUUAUGAUUUCCUUUCAUUUACGUCUACAAAACUCUCUUCUUUUCUUUUUCUUUCUCACUUUUUCUAUAUUGAUUCUUUUUCUUUUUCUUUCUCUCUCACAUUUUUUAUAUUGAUUCUUUUCUCUUUCUUUCUCUCUAAUAUUGAUUCUUUUUCUUUUUUUUCUCACUUUUUCUAUAUUGAUUCUUUUUCUCUUUCUUUCUUUCUCACUUUUUCUAUAUUGAUUCUUUUUCUCUUUCUUUCUCUCUCACUUUUUCUAUAUUGA